AGGUGCUCAUCGAGACCGGUUCGUACUCUAAGGAAGUUCGUAGAAUUGCUCGUGCUGUUCGUCUUACAAUUGCAUUGAGACGGAAAUUGACAGCUUCUGUUAUCACGUCUUUUCUUGAUCAUGUGCUUACUCCUGGUUCUGAAUCUCAUGCCAAAUUGUCUGCUUAUCUUCCCAAGGAGGAUGAUCAUGAGAUGGAAGUGGACGCUGCAACGUCUGCCAUUCAAACCCCUACAACUAAACAUUUGUUGCCCGAGCUAGAAAUUUACUGUUAUUUGCUUGUACUACUUUUUCUGAUUGAUCAGAAAAAAUACAAUGAGGCCAAAGCUUGUUCCUCAGCUAGCGUUGCUUGGCUGAAGAAUGUGAACAGAAGAACUGUGGAUGUUAUUGCAUCGAACGCGCGAAUCCAAAACCGAUGAAGCCCUUUGGAUUCCAAGAUUACUUUUAAUGUUAAACACCAAUUGCGAAUGGAAGAUCGAAUUUGGAUCCAACUCCAAUCCGGCUCAGAAUUCCGGUGCGGUGGAUUUUCAGAGAAUCGCAGAGUCAUCACUGCGGUGGUUACGUGGCGAAGUGGUCACGCGAGAGGGAAGUGAAGUGAGCUUCUCAGAGAUGAACUGUGAAGAAUGAGCUCUAAUCUUUGAGCAAAACUCUGGAUAAGUCAAAAUUGGACCUUAGCUUGCAGUUCAGCUGGAUUUGCACGUUACUUCUAUGAAGGAUGUACUACCUUGGUUUCGAACUGAUUUCAGAAUUUGCAUCUGUACCGAAUUGGGGUGGGCUGCCACGGUUAAUUCUUGCACUUUUGCUCUUGAGCCAUUCUUUAAUGCUGCUGCUUCACAAUUUAUACUUGGACAAUCAAUUCCCAUCACUCUAUGGCUCUCAUUGGCUCCUGUUGUUAUCGGUGUGUCAAUGGCAUCAUUGACUGAACUCUCAUUCAACUGGCUUGGCUUCAUAAGUGCUAUGAUUUCAAACAUUUCCUUUACAUACAGGAGUAUCUACUCAAAGAAAGCCAUGCGACCAUGUAUCCUUGAGUUUGACGGUGCAUCCAGUGGAAAUCCUGGAAAGUCUGGUGCAGGAGCUGUAUUGCGUUCUGGGAAUGAGGUCCAUCGCUACAGUAAAGGACUGGGGACUCAAACAAAUAACUCUGCCGAAUAUCACGGUUUACUUUUGGGAUUGAAAGAAGCUAGUAACAAAGGGUAUGAUCAUGUUGAAGUCCGAGGUGAUUCUAAGCUUGUUUGCGAACAGGUAACGAGCAGUGAUUGAGUAGAAGCUAGUCCUUGGAGUCUAGUGUAGUUCCUUAGUGGGUCAUGCUCUGGUAGAUGUAACAUCGGGACGGGAUGUUUUACUUGUUUUUCAUUUGAUGAUGGUUGAACAAGUUUACAUGUAAUGUGUUACAUGUGUAGCAUUGUUGUUAGACUUUAUCCGCUGCGAAUUGUGCAAAUGCUUUAUGUUUUGAAUUAAUUAAAGAGCAUGACAGUUAUCAUGGUGAAUGGUGUGAAGUAUUUGUGUGACACCCUUAAUUGCAUAUUUACUCUGAUUGAUAUAUGUUGUUAUUUUUAAUUAAAUUUUUUGGGUAUUUUAGAAGGGUGUUACAUUAGUGGUAUCAGAGCAUAGUCGGCCGAGUCGAGUCGUAAUUAUUCUGUUUCCCUGUACGUGAUAGGUGUUGUGUAACCCUAUCAGUACUUAUUGUUUUAGCUUGUUGGGUUUUCAGAAUAGAGAUGGCUGGAAGAGGAAGAGACGAUGCUGCGAUUGCUGAGGCUCUGGGUAUGCUAGCUGGAGUACUUGGAGGGAAUCCAAAUGUUGUGGGAAUGGGAGCUGCUCGUCAACUGAGUGAGUUCCAGAAGAACAAUCCUCCAAUGUUCAAGGGAGCAUACGAUCCAGAUGGCGCUCAGAAGCGGUUGAAGGAGAUCAAGAGGAUCUUCCGAGUGACUGAGUGUGCCGAUAACCAGAAGGUCAGGUUCGGUACGCAUAUGCUGUCAGAGGAAGCAGAUGAUUGGUGGGUUGCUACCCGCUCUGAGUUGGAAGCUGCUGGAAGUGCUGAGAUCACUUGGGCGGUGUUCAGAGAGAGAUUUCUGAGGAAGUACUUUCCAGAGGAUGUCAGAGGAAAGAAAGAGAUUGAGUUCUUAGAAUUGAAGCAGGGCAACCGGUCUGUUACUGAGUAUGCUGCUAAGUUCACAGAGCUGUCGAAGUAUUACACUCCCUAUGAUGAGGCUACUGGGGAAUUUUCAAAAUGUGUGAAGUUUGAGAACGGGUUGCGUCCAGAGAUCAAGCAGGCUAUUGGGUAUCAACGGAUUAGAGUGUUUUUUGACCUGGUGGACUGUUGCAGGAUUUUUGAACAGGAUACCAAGGCUAGAGCAGAGAGCUAUCAGCAGAGGGUUGAUAGGAAAGGCAAGAAUCAGAAUGAUCGUGGGAAACCGUAUGCAGCUGGCAAAGGUUUCCAGAGACAGAGUGGGAUGAAGAGGCCUAGUGGGGGAGACUCCAGUGCCCCUGCUAAGUGCUUCAGAUGUGGUCAGGCUGGACAUCGUAUCCAUGAGUGUACCAGUACUGAGAAGAAGUGUUUCAAGUGUGGCAAAGGUGGUCAUUUGGCUGCAGAGUGCCGGUUGAAGACUGUGACUUGUUUCAACUGUGGAGAGGUGGGUCAUAUCAGUCCACAGUGUCCUAAGCCGAAGAAAGAGAACCAGUCGGGAGGCAAGGUCUUUGCUCUAUCGGGUUCUGAGACUUCUGCAGAUGAUCGUUUGAUCCGAGGUAACGAGCAGUGAUUGAGUAGAAGCUAGUCCUUGGAGUCUAGUGUAGUUCCUUAGUGGGUCAUGCUCUGGUAGAUGUAACAUCGGGACGGGAUGUUUUACUUGUUUUUCAUUUGAUGAUGGUUGAACAAGUUUACAUGUAAUGUGUUACAUGUGUAGCAUUGUUGUUAGACUUUAUCCGCUGCGAAUUGUGCAAAUGCUUUAUGUUUUGAAUUAAUUAAAGAGCAUGACAGUUAUCAUGGUGAA